AUGUCAGACCAGCUAAUCAAUAAAGGCUCUCAAGUGACCCGCAGCAUGGUCCAAAAGGCUGUGGUAAUUCUUGCUACUCAGCCCAUAUUUGGACCGAUGCGUGCUAAACUAAGUAUGGUAACCCAGGCCUACUUUGAUCAGCGUGAUUUGAAUAAUAUGCAGAUCCUUGAGGAAUUCUAUGAUAAUUUAGAGUCAGGAUUGGCAUGCGCCAUGGAGAUACAAAAGGACAACCACAAGCUGGAUGCAAAUAACACAUUGUAUAUGGGAACUUCUCUACGUGAGUUGGUGUAUAAAUGGAGAUUUAAGGUUCUUAUGUUGAUGAAGCUUCUUCUACUCCAGCGACGCACCAUGUUUUUUGGCUAUCCAGUCGAGCAUCUUUGCACCCUGCAGUACAAUUUGGUCUCGCUUAUACCAGCUCUAUUACCGAGUCUUCAGGAUGCCGCAGUGCCUGAGUUGAACACCUGUUCAGAAGGAAGGAGCAAGGCGGAGUCCUUGAAAAUGACUGAUCGACAGAGUUUGCUGAGCUAUAUGGGUUUGCCAUUGCCAUUGUUCAGCAAGGAUGCCUUCUUUCAACCGUAUUGCCCCCUGCAGCAGAUGGAAAUGUUAAGCUCUCCCUCUUGGCUAAUAGGUACGACAAAUCGGAUUUUCAAGCACCAGCGUACAAAUUGCCCUGAUGUCGUGGUAGAAAUCCAAGUACAAGACCCUUCCUUAAACAGCCUUAUCGCCCUAACACCUGCAGACCGGAGGUGGAUGGAUGGCAUCAUUCAGGUUGUACAGGAAACUUGGAAUCAUGCCGACCCAGGACAGCCUGAUCAGAUGCAGUAUGAAGGCAGUGACGACUAUAUUCGUGCGCGAUUCGAAGAAUAUGUUUUUGGCUUGCUUUCGGCAGCCAAGUAUUUGCAUUUGAAUCCCCAUGGGUCUGAUGUUGCCGUUGUGCAAUCAUUCGGUGGUGAAUUCCUAGACGCAUUUUGCCAGAGUCGCGUGUUCAAACAGUGGAAUUCUUACACCGAUGACACACUCUGCGACCUUAUAUCGCACCAGCACCCAUUUACUGGAAAAACGACGACCAUAACCGAUAUGGCCUUGCGCUUGCAAGCAGGACUACAUGAUCUGCACUUAGAGGAGAACUGGGCACCUACAAAAGAAGCGCUCACCGCUGCGCUUCAAGCAGGGAGUAGCAGCCUGUCUAAAGUGACAAGCUCCUGGCGUCAGGAUCUAGGGCGCCUCGCCUCUUCUAGUGUAUGGUCUUCUCCACGGGCUACUUUUGAUGAAUCUCGGGAGGCUGUUGAUGGUGCGUCCUCCUCACCUGAAGGAAAAAUCCGUCCAUCUGCGCUUGAAGUUACGCGGGCACAGGGAACUGCUGCAAUCAGCCAAAUUGGGUCAUUUUUGUCCACUAGGCGACGGACUUGGUACGAUGCUUUACAGGGUCGUUCCACAAGUAAUCAGAAGUCUUAG